AAUGGCUUUACUCCGCACAGUCUUUCUUUACAUCUCGUCGGGUGUGGUAAUCAUAAAUAUUUGCUACUUUCCCUAUUCACAAACACAAAGUGAAAUUGUGAAAAAAUUACUUUUUUUUAUUAAAUAAAAAUAAAUAAGGAGGUACUCGUACCGCUUCAAAUACAAGCAACUGGAAAACAUUUUUUCGAAAAACAAUUGGUUUUAUUUUUCCCUUCUAAAUCAAUCAAACAGUCGGUUACCGAUCGACGAUAAAGUACAUGGUCAAUAAUACCGAAGAAGUUACUAUAAAGAAAGAAAAUAUGAGUGAUGCUUCCGCACCAGCUAGAACAAAUGAAAAUGAAGAAGAAGGAUAUGCACCUCGUCUAAAUGAGAUAUCAAAUAAAUUUAUUGCUGAUUGUAUUCUUGAGAAGGAACUCUUAGGCGAACGUUUCCCACUAGCGGCCAUGCUUAUCGAUGAAGCUAUCGAUAAGGUUUUGACCACAGGUCGUGUCCCUGGCCGGGAGAUGUAUGCCGAUGUUUUCAAACAAAAACCAAUGAAAGUCAGCCAAAAGGUUUUCGUGCCAACUAAACAAUUCCCCAAAUUCAAUUUCAACGGCAAAAUCCUUGGCCCAAAAGGAAACUCACUUCGUCGGCUGCAAGAAGAAACUAUGUGUAAAAUUAAAAUUAAGGGUAGAAACUCGAUGCGAGAUGCCGUAAAAGAGGAAGAAUUGCGAGCAGCUGGUGAUCCGCGACUCGCUCACUUGAACAAAGACUUGUACGUUGAGAUUUCCACUGUGGCUUUGCCGGCUGAAGCUUAUGCGCGAGUUGCUUAUGCCUUGGCUGAAAUACGCAAAUACCUCAUUCCCGACAAGAACGAUGAAGUAAGUCAAACUCAGAUGAAGGAAAGUAUGGCCGAUCCAGAUUGUUCAAGGAAAGCAACUCUUUAUGCUGAAAAAUUUGCUACAAAGUCAUCUUAUUUAAGUCAAGUUGGCAAAAAACCAACCGUGAGUAUUUUACAGAAGAUUACAGGUAGAUCAGAGGAUGACUACAGACCAAGAGAAAGAGAAAUAGAAGAUGAUCGAAGAGAUAUCUUUUUGCGAAAUAAUUCGCAAAGAGCCCCUGUGAAGAGACCCCAGCCAUCCCAACCAACAUACAAAUAUCAAGGUCCACAAAAGCGUAACCGUGAAACAUCAAUUUUUGGUCAAUUUAACAAAGAACUAUAAAAAAAAAAGAAACAUUUGUAUGUCUUAUAAAGAAAAUAACAAAUCAUAUUUUAUUUCACUAAAAAAUGCAUUCAUAUAACCCGCAAGGGAAAAUAACAUAUUAAAAUAAUUAAAUUUAAAUAAAAACCUAUAAUAGGUAUAAUAAUUUAUGAAAUGUAUAACUUAAACUUUUUGAUAAAAAAAAAACGAAAAAAAUGCAAUUCAAAUAAAACCUAUAAAAUAUUAAAAUUGAUAAAUAAUUUAAAACAAGUACCACUCUAGCCGUUCCCAAUGGUAAGUUUCAGUUUAGAUUAUUAUUAUUUUAGUUUACGCUUAAAAAUACGACAAAACAUAA